AUGUCGAAAGGUGAGUCAUGAACAAAUAUCAAACGGCUUUCUCGGAAUAUAAAUAUCUCAUUUAGACACCGGCACAUUCUCCGUAUCUGCUGCAAAGGCCCUUUUUGAAGCUGCCAAGAAGCCCGAGGUUCGGAAUGCGGCCAUCGCGGCAGCCAAGAAUCCGUUCGUUCGUCAGGCUGCCAAGAACGUGGCACAGGACGAGAGGGCUCGCGGAGCAGUCCUGAAUGCGGUCAAGGAUCCUAGCGGAAGCAACAAGUUCUCCGCGGCCGUCGCCGUCGCGGAUGCCAACCGGAGAGCCGAUGUUCCGCCGCCGCCGCCUCAUCGCGCAGGAGCUGUUUCCUCCUACUCGGAAUCUAAAAGCUCUCCGGGAAAGCUUUCGUCUGCUCAUUCGGCCAUCCGAUCUCAGCUCGAAAACCUUCAUAUCGGCGGAUCGUCGAGCAGUGAGUCAUCCUUCUCGAACUUUCAUCGAUUUAUUUUCUCUUAUUCCAGAUGCUCCUGCCACGUCACCAUCAUACCAGCCCACAGCUUCCUCCGUCUCGCCUUCGUACCGAUCGACGUACAAUCCUCCGGCUGCCACGUCAUACUCAUCAGCGCCAGCCCCACCUCCAGUGCCACGUCAUAACAGUUCCGUCCCUUCGUACACUACUACUCCGAACAUCACAACUCCUCAUGGAAUAGCCGUCUUCGAGUACACGCCUUCGCUGCCCGAUGAAAUGGCUCUGCGAGUGGGGGAUACUGUUCUUCUUUCCAAAAAAGUAGAUGAUCAGUGGCUUUAUGGUAAAUUGUGCUUGUUAAAGUCUAAAAUCACUCAUUGCUCAUAUUUUCAGGAGAAAAUCAGAAUACCCGCUCGUUUGGCAUCAUUCCUGUUUCUUAUCUGGAUAUCAAGAUCCCACUGAAGGAGGCGUUCUCAGCCCCACCAUCCCGUCCUUCGGCUCCUUCUGGAUCUUCCGGGGCCAUCGCAACUGCUCUCUACGACUACAACUCGGCAGAGAUCGGAGAUUUGAGUGUGAGUGUUCGGAUCCCUCCAAAAUUACGUUAUUUUCGUCAGUUUUCGGCUGGAAGUCAGAUAACGGUGCUGUUCCGUGUGAACGCUGAAUGGCUGGAAGGGGAGUGUUACGGACGGACGGGAAUCUUCCCUUCUCAGUUCGUGACUUGUCCGAAUCUUUCCCAAGUGCCGUCCAAACAACCCGCUCCUUCUCCGAUCAGUCCUCCGAAGACAUCCGGUUCCAAACAGAUUGUCACCGUCACUUACGAUUACGACUCUGGAGUGGCGACGGACUUGCGCUUGUACGAAGGAGACGUCAUCACAGUGCUCGAGGACAUUGACGGCCAGUGGCUGUUCGCAGAGUGCCGCGGACAACAAGGAAUGGUUCCGAAGACGUUCCUGGGUCCCCCGUACGGAUCUCCGAAGAAAGCAAACAAAGGCAUCGCCGAGAUUGCGAGCGCGUUCUCUCCGAAGAAGGCGAUGGCGACGGGAGACUAUCACUCGGAGGAUCCGAAGCAUUUGUAUGUCACGCGGGGAGACACUCUUCUGAUUGUGGAAGACGUCGACGACUAUUACUUCAAGGGGAAGCUGGAGGCGUUCAAGACCCUUCCCGCUGGUAUUCUACCCAAAAACAUUGUCAAAUUCACUGACUAG